AUGCCUCAGGAUGCCAACCUGUACGGGCAGCGUGCGCCCAAGAAGCAGAAGCGCGGCACCAACCUGUCGUCGUCGCUGGAUUUUACGGCCCAAUUGACAUCACUCAUGGCCAACGCGACACCAUCGUCGGGCUCGUCAGGCGGACGAGCACGGCCCUCCAAAGAAGCCAAGAGUGACAUAUUCCGAGGAGCCGGCAAGAAGAAGAAGAGACGCCUUGAAGGGGGCGACAGCAGCAGCAGUGGUAAGCUAAGGCUCAAGGAGGUGACGGGGACGGAGGAAGAAGCCCAGCAGCACGCGCGGGCGAAGCGCAAGCUGGAGGAAAAGGCACGGGUGUACGCGGCCAUGAAGAGGGGGGAUUACGUGGCCAAGGAGAACGAGGCAGCACCCUUGGUGGAUUUCGACCGGAAAUGGGCAGACAAGCACGACAGAUACAACGGGUACGCGAGCAGCACAUCGGCGUCCUCGGAUGACGACGACGACGACGACGACGACGCCACCGGAGAUGGAGAUGAGAUGGUCGAGUACGAGGAUGAAUUUGGCCGUCUACGACGCGUGACCAAGUCGGAAAAGGAGAAGAUGGAGAGGCGGCAGAGGAGAGGGCUUCUGGGAGCAGAAGAGCUGGAACGCAUGUCUGCGCGGCCGAGCGCGCCGACCAACCUGAUACUCGGAGACGCCAUCCAGUCCCUGGCCUUCAACCCAGACGACCCGGACAAGAUGGAGGAGCUGGCACGCAAGCGCGACCGCAGCGCCACGCCUCCAGAGCUCGAGCACUACGACGCGGACCACGAGGUGCGCAACAAGGGGACGGGCUUCUACAAGUUCAGCAAGGACGAGGACACGAGGGCCAGGGAGAUGGAGUCGCUGGCCGAGGAGCGUAAGAGGACCGAGGAACUGCGCAGCGACAGGGAACGGAAGCUGGAGGCGCGGAGGAGGGAAAUUGAGCAGCGCAGGAGAGAAAUGGCCGGCAGGAGAGCGCAGAGACAGGCUGACAGUUUCCUGGACGGGCUCGCCAAUGCUUGA